CGCCACGCCAAUCUUUCGUCCAUAUAUUCCUCUCGGCUCCACAAACCCUAAACCCCUUUUGACAGUUAUCAAAACCCACUUAGCUUUCAAUUCACAGUUUUUUAAGGUCUAAGCUUCAGCUUCUGUCUGUUUUCAGUAGAUCCUUCUCUUUCUUCUCUCUCGGAAAGUGAACGCCUUCAGUUAAGUGAUAACCCAUGGCUUUGGUGCUGUACGCUGGGAAUACGAAUAAAAAUGGCUUCAAGGUGCUUAUUGCUGCAGAAUACAGUGGUGUUAAGAUUGAAUUGGUCAAGAAUUUUGAGAUGGGUAUUUCAAAUAAAACUCCGGAAUUUCUCAAAAUGAACCCCAUUGGAAAGGUUCCCGUCUUGCAGACACCUGAUGGUCCUAUCUUCGAGAGCAAUGCCAUUGCGCGCUAUGUUACUCACUUGAAGGCCGAUAAUCCUCUUUUUGGGUCCUCAUUGAUUGAUUACGCCCACGUGGAGCAGUGGAUUGAUUUUGCAACGUUGGAGAUUGACACCAAUAUUUUGCGUUGGUUUAUACCCCGAAUUGGCUUUUCUGUUUACCUGCCUCCGGCUGAGGAAGCUACAAUUGCUGCGUUGAAGAGAGCCCUUGGUGCUUUGAACACAUAUCUUGCUUCCAAUACCUACUUGGUUGGACAUUCUGCGACAUUGGCUGAUAUAAUUUUGACAUGUAAUUUAACUUUGGGAUUUACCCGCAUCAUGACCAAGAGCUUUACCUCGGAUUUUCCUCAUGUUGAGAGAUACUUCUGGACCAUGGUCAAUCUGCCAAAUUUCCGUAAAAUAUUGGGUGAUGUGAAACAAGCAGAAUCUGUUCCACCUGUUCAGUCAGCAAAGAAGCCCUCGCAGGCGCAAGAACCUGCCAAACCAAAAGCCACGGUUGAACCAAAGAAAGUUGCCAACAAUGAAGUGAAGAAAGAAGCACCUAAACCUAAAGCUGAGCCGGCUGCAGAGGAAGAAGUGGCUCCCAAACCCAAGCCAAAGAAUCCUCUUGAUCUUUUGCCUCCUAGUAAGAUGAUUCUUGAUGAAUGGAAGAGACUUUACUCGAACACAAAAACCAACUUCCGUGAAGUUGCUAUUAAAGGAUUCUGGGACAUGUAUGAUCCAGAAGGCUACUCUCUUUGGUUUUGUGAUUACAAGUACAACGAAGAGAAUACUGUCUCAUAUGUGACUUUGAACAAGGUGAGUGGUUUUCUGCAGCGGAUGGAUUUGGCUCGCAAAUAUGCAUUUGGAAAGAUGCUGGUGAUUGGUUCAGGACCACCUUUCAAGGUGAAGGGAUUGUGGCUCUUCCGCGGACAACAAAUUCCUCAGUUCGUAAUUGACGAGUGUUAUGAUAUGGAGCUAUAUGAGUGGCAGAAGGUUGACAUCACUGAUGAAGCUCAAAAAGAGCGUGUGAAUCAGAUGAUUGAAGAUCAUGAGCCGUUUGAGGGAGAGGCUUUGUUGGAUUCCAAAUGCUUCAAAUGAUGUUUUCACCGUCAAGACUAGUGAUAGAAAGAACCUUAACUUAGGUUUCAAGUGAUCAAGGCUAGCGAAUGGCGAUAGAAAGAACCUUAGGUUUUUAAUUUUUCACUUCUAACGUUUCUUUUCUGUACCAGCCUUCUUUGUGCCCUAGUAUUAGCUUCUAUUUUUGUUUGCUUCCCGGACAAUGUAAUGAGCUAUAAUACUGAUGGAAUUACCAGCCUUAUUUAUUGAAUUAGUUUUAGACGGCGAGUCAUCUUUUUUAUGUUAGA